GGCUCGAUACGAUUUCGGGAGUUCCCGUCGUGUCUAUCCUCCUCUUCCAUGCCUACAUCCUCCGCCCGUUCCCCCCUCUCUCUGCGAGAAGGUACAGCCCAGCUCGCCGUUCUGGCUCCAUAUUAGGACAGGGCCAGACACAGGAUCGCGCCGCCUCUUCCGGUUCUGACCCCGCCCGCCCGCGGUCUGUUACUGCCCAGGCCUGAGCCGCCGAGGCUCCCCUGCCUCGCCCGAGAGUGGGCCCGGCCCCUUUGCACCACCCCCGGGCCGCAGUGGGCGGCUCCGCCAGUCCCUGCAGGGCCAGCGGUUACCUGCGCACGAGGACCCCGGUCCCACACCCGCGAGGGACUGAGGCCGGCCGGGCUCGCGCCUCGUGGAUCCGGAUAGAGCUCGGGCUGUGAAGCCCUGCAGAGCACCCAAGGGCCAUGAGUGAGCUGAAGGACUGCCCGCUGCAGUUCCAUGACUUCAAGUCAGUGGACCACCUGAAGGUAUGUCCUCGAUACACAGCCGUGCUGGCCCGCUCGGAAGAUGACGGCAUUGGCAUCGAGGAACUCGACACCCUGCAGCUGGAGCUGGAGAAUCUGCUUUCUUCAGCCAGCCGACGUCUUCGGGUGCUGGAGGCUGAGACCCAGAUCCUGACUGAUUGGCAGGAUAAGAAAGGUGACCGGCGAUUCUUGAAGCUGGGUCGGGACCAUGAACUGGGAGCCCCUGCAAAACAUGGCAAGCCCAAAAAGCAGAAGCUGGAAGGAAAGGCAGGUCAUGGGCCCGGUCCUGGCCCUGGCCGGCCCAAGUCAAAGAACCUCCAGCCCAAGAUCCAGGAAUAUGAGUUCACAGAUGACCCCAUCGAUGUGCCGAGGAUUCCCAAGAAUGAUGCUCCUAACAGGCGAGGGGACUGUCUGUGCUCAGGGCCAGGCUCUGCUCCCAGGUUCUGGGCUUCCGUGGAGCCGUACUGUGCUGACAUCACCAGUGAGGAAGUACGAACGCUGGAAGAGCUGCUGAAGCCCCCAGAAGAUGAGGCUGAGCAUUACAAGAUCCCACCCCUGGGGAAGCAUUAUUCCCAGCGCUGGGCCCAGGAAGAUUUACUGGAGGAACAGAAGGACGGGGCCCGGGCCGCAGCCGUGGCUGACAAGAAGAAAGGCAUAAUGGGACCACUGACUGAGCUGGACACCAAAGAUGUGGAUGCAUUGCUUAAGAAAUCAGAGGCCCAGCAUGAGCAGCCUGAAGAUGGGUGUCCCUUUGGCCCGCUCACUCAGCGACUCCUACAGGCUUUGGUGGAGGAAAACAUCAUCUCCCCCAUGGAAGAUUCCCCUAUCCCAGAUGUGUCUGGCAAGGAGUCUGGAGCUGAUGGUGCCAGUACCUCCCCACGAAAUCAGAACAAGCCAUUCAGUGUCCCCCAUACCAAGUCUCUGGAGGGACGAAUAAAGGAGGAGCUCAUAGCCCAAGGCCUGCUGGAGUCUGAGGACAGGCCUGCUGAGGACUCAGAAGAUGAGGUCCUUGCUGAGCUGCGGAAGCGGCAAGCUGAACUGAAGGCACUCAGCGCCCACAACCGAACCAAGAAGCAUGAUCUCCUAAGGUUGGCCAAAGAAGAAGUGAAUCGUCAGGAGCUGAGGCAGCGGGUACGCAUGGCAGACAACGAGGUAAUGGAUGCCUUCCGGAAGAUCAUGGCUGCCCGGCAGAAGAAGAGGACUCCCACCAAGAAGGAAAAAGACCAGGCCUGGAAGACGCUGAAGGAGCGGGAGAGCAUCCUUAAACUUCUGGAUGGAUAGCCUGGCUGGGCCACUUAGUUCUUUUUCUCCCAAACCUGAGUGCUGAAGAGUGAGAAGAGCCUAGGCCUUCCUCUGGCAGAGUGGGUGGGAGCUGCUGUAUAUUUGCUGCCUGUCUUCCCUGGACUUCUUAGACAAUGCCCAGCCAGGGGUCAAGAGGGGUCAGCUGGGCUGGAGCUGGCCCCAGGCUGUGCUUGGCUUCCCAUCUUCUGAUGCCCUGUGCCUGGCUGUUGUCCCCUUCUUCCCUCUCUUUUCUUCCAAGGACUUUGACCCUGUGUUUUUCUAAGGUGUAAACUUUAGAGUAAACAGACUUCUCUGGUUUUUAA